UUUUCCCUAUUUCCACACAUUAUCCAACAUGGCAGCCCCUCAAGUCAUUGUGGUCGGCGGUGGAUUGUCUGGCCUCAGUGCCGCUCACACCGUCUACCUGAACGGUGGCAAUGUCCUCGUUCUGGACAAGCAGGCCUUCUUCGGUGGUAACUCCACCAAGGCCACCUCCGGCAUUAACGGUGCGCUCACCCGCACCCAGACCGACCUCGGCAUCCAAGACAGCGUCAAGCAGUUCUACGAUGAUACCCUCAAGUCCGCUCGUGACAAGGCCCGUCCCGAUCUGAUCAAGGUCCUUACCUACAAGUCCGCUGCCGCUGUGGAGUGGCUGCAGGAUGUCUUCAACCUCGAUCUCACUCUUGUCUCCCGUCUGGGUGGCCACACUCACCCCCGCACACACCGUGGUCACGAUGCCAAGUUCCCCGGCAUGGCUAUCACCUACGCUUUGAUGCAGCGUCUUGAGGAGCUCGCUGAUGCCGAGCCCACUCGCGUUCAGAUCGUCAAGAAGGCCAAUGUUGCUAGCAUUAACAAGGACGGUAACCACGUUACCGGUGUUACCUACACUCUCAACGGCGAGUCCAAGUCCGUCGACGGUAUCGUCAUUCUGGCUACCGGUGGUUACGCUGCGGACUUCGGCGACACCUCUCUCCUCAAGAAGCAUCGUCCUGAUACCUUCGGCCUGUCCUCCACCAACGGCACCCACGCCACUGGUGACGGCCAGAAGAUGUUGAUGGAGAUUGGUGCCAACGGCAUUGACAUGGACAAGGUCCAGGUCCACCCUACCGGUCUAGUCGAUCCCAAGGAUCCCCAGGCUAAGUUCAAGUUCCUGGCUGCCGAGGCUCUCCGUGGUGAGGGUGGUCUGCUUCUGAACUCCGAUGGUGAGCGCUUCUCUGACGAGCUGGGCCACCGUGACUACGUCUCCGGCCAGAUGUGGAAGGAGAAGGAGAAGGGCAAGUGGCCCAUCCGCCUGGUUCUGAACUCCAAGGCCUCCAACGUUCUCGACUUCCACACCCGCCACUACUCCGGCCGUGGCCUCAUGAAGAAGAUGAGCGGCAAGGAGCUCAUCAAGGAAAUCGGCUGUGGCGAAGCUGCCCUCAAGAAGACCUUCGAUGAGUACAACCUUAUCGCUGACGGCAAGAAGAAGGACCCCUGGAACAAGCGUUUCUUCCACAACAUGCCCUUCUCCAUCGACGACGAAUUCCACGUCGCUCUCAUGGAGCCCGUCCUCCACUUUACCAUGGGUGGUAUCGAAAUCAACGAGCACGCUCAGGUCCUCAACUCCCAGCAGAAGCCCUUCGAAGGCCUCUACGCCUGCGGUGAGCUUGCCGGCGGUGUCCACGGCGCCAACCGUCUUGGUGGCUCCUCCCUACUCGGCUGUGUCGUCUACGGCCGUGUCGCCGGUGACUCCGCCAGCCAGCACCUCUUCCAGAAGCUGAUCACCGGCGGCAACCCUGCCCAGCAGCGUCUCGGUCAGAUCUCCCUGCACAUCGACCCCUCCACUCCCGGCAAGAUCUCUGUCGAGUGGGGCGGUGCCUCUGCGUCUGCGUCUACCGUGGCCGCUGCUCCCGGCGCUUCGUCCUCUGCCGUCGAUGCCCCGGCCUCCAGCGCCUCCCCGGCCGCUGAGCAGUCCAAGCCUGACCCGGCUAAUUUCAAGAUCCCGGAGAAGGACACCCCCGGCGGUGCCAAUGCUUUGUUCAACUUUAUGGGCCGUGAUGCUACCGAGGAAUUCGCUAUGCUCCACGACGAUGAAGUCAUCCCCAAGUACGCCGGUCACACCGUCAUCGGACGCGUCAAGGGUCAGACCCCCAGCCUGGAGCUGUAG